AUGACAUUUUUCAAAAUUUUAAAAUUUGGUAGAACCCUGAAGAUGCAAUUUAAUUUAAUUUGUAUGAUUAUUUUCGUAAUUUAUGAUCAAAUUGGCAACUUUCAAGAGGUCUUAAAACGUGAAGAGAAACAGAGAAAAGUGGAAGAACGCCGAAGACAGCAGGAAGAACAAAUGCGAUUGGAGGCCGAACUAACCAAUCAGAAGAGACUUGAAAAGCUGGAAGAAGAGAGGAAACAGAAAGAAUUGGAAGCGAGAAAGUUGGCUGAACAGAAGAGGAAGGAAGAAGCCGAGAGGUUGGAGAAGCUGGAUAAGAAGAGGAUGAUGGAGGAGAGGGCUGCUAGGGAGUUGGAAGAAGAGAGAAAGCGGAGAGAAUUGGAAGCGAGAAAGUUGGCGGAGCAAAAAAAGAGGGAAGAAGCCGAGAGGAUGGAGAAGCUGGAGAGGAAGAGGUUGAUGGAAGAGAGGGCUGCCAAGGAGGCUUUGGCACAAGCGCAAAAGCAAGCAGCGUUAGAAGCAGCCUCUGCAGCAGCAGCAUCAACGGCGAUGAUGGCGAAGAAGAUGAUGACGACAUUUGAAGUUGACAGAAACGUUAUGCAGCACAAUAUGAAAAACAUGCAAUCAAACAACAACAACAAUAAUAAUAAUAAUAAUAAUAAUAGCAAUAACAGCACCAUGAGUUAUAACUAUGAAGGAAAAUUUAAAAAGGCAGAAGAAAAAACUGGGAGCCUAGCAAGUAACUGGAAGAAGCACCUACACAAACAUCCAUCACAGCAGCAACAACAACAAAACAGCAAUGAAAAUAGAUACACGACAACAACAACAACGUCAGUAACGAACAACAACAACAGUAACAAACGCCCCUACGAAUACACCAACUACAACAUCGACAACAUCAAGUACAAAGACAAGACGGACGAUGAGUGUGCGCCCAGGAAGGCCAACCUGCUGAAGGAGAGCAUAUACGAGCAGCACCUGAACCCGCCCAACCUUGACCUCAUAUUUGACCUCCAGUUCAGCCUCAACCUCUACGAUGUCUUCAGCACCAACCGACCUCGAUUUAAGCACAGGACCAGCUCGGCUCAGUGGGAUGACGCACCCAUAAUUAUAACGGUUGUGGUCAUAAUGGGUUAUGAUUAG